AUGAAUAAUAAACAAAUAGAUAAUAAUCAAGUUGGAUUACCUGAUAGAUUAGUGAUUGAUAUAUUAAGAUUAGUGCAACAAGGCUAUUCAUGUCACUUGGGCAAUGGAGUAGAAAGAAACUACAAUCAAGAUAAAUCAAUCGACGGUGAUAUCGAUGCACCUCUUGUUAAUUACCAAUCAAAUAUUGUCGGUUUGUUCCUCGUUUGCACGUAUUGGGCUAGACGUAUCGUCCCUCAUGCAAUGUUGGAGUAUCAGUUUAUGGUGCCUUAUCAAGUUGGCAAACCACAAAAGGAGGCGGCACCAGUCAUCCAAGGAAUCAAAUCGUUCUUGAAGAAUGUCUUACCCUCUUCGAUUGUCGAUCGAUCAAGUGCCAAACAAACGACGAUGCCUUUGAAUAGACUAUACCAAUCACUUGCUAUAUUGGGUAGUGGAAAGAAUGACGACGAUCAACCGAUCAAACCCAACAAAGUUCGAACACUCAAAGUAUUCAUAGAACAAUUUGGUCGAGAACUACCUCCAGGUCUCAACGCAUCAGUGUUUGCAUCGAUUACCUUGGUAUCUGCAACACUACGUCGUCUGACAUUAUAUAGUGUAGAGGUCAACGAUACACUUUUGGGUGUAUCCGAGUGCAAGCAAUUGGAGCGACUUUACAUCUACCCGAUUAAUCGAGGAGGUGCUUGGCAACAACACCAUAACGGUGUCUUGCUCAGAAUACUGGAUGCAACUCCUUCUAUUAGGGAGUUGGCCGUCAAGAGCAACGGUUCUGACAUGUCGGCAGCCAUCCCCUACCAAAUGAGCCCUGCACCGCUAGCCAACCUCGAAAAGUAUGUUUGGAUUGGCAGUAUCCGUUCGUACAAUGGAUUCAUGACGUCUCAAGUGUGCUACGAGUCAAUGACCAACCUACGUGACCUCAAAGUCCACCUGAACGGUUCGAAUGAGAACAUGACACGUGAACCUAACACUUGGGCACGGUCACUUCAAAACAAGGACAAGUUGACACGUUUGCGUCUCAUCAACUGCUACGCGCCCUACAUGAACGAGAGUUGCGAUGCUCUAGCAAUCAGUGUCGAGGAAGCUACACCUGGAAUCACACUCUUUACCAACUUGACAUCGCUCACUAUCGACAGACUCAAUGAACAGGUGGACAAGUUCAAACCAGACAUUCAAGUACACCGACUACUUGAACAAAUCUCGACCCUCAAAUCACUCCAUACUCUCACACUCAAGGAAAUCAAGAAUAUUGAACCAUUGGAUCUCACAUCUUGUCUCGACUCUCUACCACUCUUGACUAGAUUCAAAUUCUCAAUCUCACCAAAGUUUGAUAGUAGUGGAACGGUUGGCGGCAAGAUCUCAUCAGUUACACCAUCCAUUUCAAUUUCACUUUUGAAAUACCUUGAAACCAAUCAAACAAUCAAACACUUUUCAUAUACACUUCAACAUGAAUUAAAUGCAUGGGAACCAUCCGAAACUGUAUAUAAUUCAGCUGGACACAAUAAUCAAUCUACAUCUGUCAAGUUUUAUAAUGCUACCUAUGCAUUGGAGGAACUUGCUCAUCUCUCAACAAAGAUUGGUCAAAUUAAACAGGCACUUGAAUCAUUGGUUAGAAACUCUGAAACCAUUCAACAACUGUCUAUUGGCUCUACACUUGAACCAUACCAUUGUUGCACUCAAAAGCAAGAUAUUGCCGACCCAAGUAGUAUCAUCGACGGCGGUGAUCUAGUGUCUCUAGCAUUACUCACCUCUCUUCAAUCAAGUGUUGGACCAAAAUCAAAACUAUCUGUCAUUAAAAUAGACAAAUGUCUAUCUCUUUGGGACAAGACUACAGUCUCACAAUUGACAACAUCAUCAGGAAUAAUAAUCAUUCCAAAAAAAAGUGUACACAAAUUAAAUAAUCAUUUCAAAUGGGAUAUACAAAAAACACUUAAAGAUGAAGUAUACCAAUUCAAAAAGAGAAUUAAUUUUGUUGCAACUUUACAUGCUGAUGAUAAUUAUUUUAAUGCUCAAAUUGUAAAUUAA